GUUCUCUCGUUUUUGCUUUCUGUGUUUUAAUGAUGAAUCUGUGCGGUUGAAUAAUCAUUUAAAGUCUUCAUCAAUGAACUCUGGAUUGUGUGUCUCAACAUCUGCUGCGAAGAUCUCACGUAAAACUGAAGAAACAUUCAGAGUUUAUCAUCAUGGAUCUUUCAUUUAUGGCUGUACAGCUCCCUGUGAUGAGCGGGGCGUUUAUGGACGCAUCACCUGCGGAUGACUGCAGCACUGAUCAUUCUCUGUUUAAUUCAUCCGCCAGCGUCAACGCUCCUCCUCUCACCACAGCGCAGGCACAACAGGAAGAUCAGCAGCGUGUGUCCAGCGACGCAGUCUGGCUCUGGAUCGCAAUUUUCGCCACCAUCGGGAACAUCGUGGUGGUCGGUGUGGUUUACGCUUUUACUUUCUGACACCUUGACAGAAUGACUUUUUGUAGGUGUUGAUCCCAAAUGUGAAAUGUCAGAAUGGAUUCAUUGACCUGCAGUCUCACUCCCUGUAAGAAGAUCUCAUGUGUUUGACACUAGAAGAACAUCUGAGAUACUCAAUGAUAUGGAAAAUCAGCAGCCAUAUUUAAAACGUGGCUGUGCAUCAUUCAAGACCAAAUCCUUUAAACAGGGGAUGACCGGUAUCUUAAAAAUCAAAGGCCAAAGUCACAAUAAAACAAUAUUUCUGGCCAACAGUGACAUCAACAGUACCAUAAAUCAAACUGCACCAGUUGAUUGGCUGUUCUCACUGGAAGGCGGGACUUCCUUUAUUUAAGUGACUCUAUUUUGUAUAUCUAGUGUUUUCUAGUAAUACUGAGGACUACAUGACCUCCACAUGAUGAGACAUCAGUGAUCUGAAAUACUUGAAUCUGAUUGGUCAAUGAAAUGUUUUCUGAUGUCACUAAUUUUCAUCUGUGGAUCACUCCACACAUUCUUCUUCUGACAUAAUCCACUCAACUAUAUGAUCUCCAGUUAUUUAUUUGGUAUGUUGUGAUUAUUGAUGUUUCUUUGAUACAAUAGACAUAAUAAUAUAGCGUUUGAUAUGGCGUAUAUAUCUCUUUUUUCUCUCCUCUACAGUACUUAUUUUUCUCUCUUUUUAACAUUUGUUGUAUUGUAAGACUUCUCAUAUAAUCGCCUCCAAGGAUGAUUCACAUUGUUGUAUCUUUAAUUUUCAUUUGAAAGAUACACUUUCAAGUGACUUUAAUUGAAAAUGUUAAUGUUUUUCUUCAGUAUUUUUCUUCUGUUCGACAGAGACAGUUCCUGCGGUGUAAUUGGUUUUGAUCACCUGUGGUUCAGGGGAAGCUGUUGCUGUGAUGAUAAAUUCAUUUUAAUGAACUGACUUUUCAUGUGAUGCUGAUAUGAUGUCUCAUUAUUUACUUCAUCAUAUUCUCUCUUUGAAUAUAACACUGAUGAUAUGAACUCAAGUUGCCAUAACUACAUAAAGUUUUCUUGUUGCUAUGGGGACCAAGAAUCUGGGACACAGGCAGGUCGUC